AUGGCUGGGAUAUAUAGCUCGCCUUUGAAGACCCUGGAAGACCUGACCUUGGACUCCGGGUAUGGGGCAGGGGACUCCUGCAGGUCCCUCAGCCUCUCGUCCUGCAAGUCCAACAGCCAAGCCUUCGCCUCGUCUCAGCCCCGGGGCAACUGGUGGUACUACUCGGGCUCCAUGAACAGCCGGAACGACGGCUGGGAUACCGUCAACACCGUCCUGCCGGAGGACCCCGAAGUUGCGGACAUCUUCGCCAAGUGCGCCAAGCUGCCCGACCUCGAGGAGUUCCCUUGGAGCGAGGAAGACGUGGAGAAGAUCCUGCGGAAGGGGAGGGAGCGGGGGACCAAGAGAGGCUUCAGCCCCGAAGCCGCGAGGAGGCUCUCGAUGCUCCUCCGGAGGCCGCUGAUCCGGAUCUCUCGGGAAGCGCAGCGCCUGAGCGUCAUGCACGCCAAGUGCGCGCGCUUCGAGAUCCAGAGCGCCAUCAAGCUGAUCCAGAGCUGGUCCUUGUCGGAGAGUUGCGUCCUGGCCACCGUCAAGGCUCUUUCGCUGUACAGCAUGAGCGCCGGAGACGGCCUCAGGAAGGGCAAGUCGGCCCGCUGUGGCCUCACCUUCUCCGUCGGGCGCUUUUUCAGGUGGAUGGUGGACACCCGGAUCUCGGUGCGGAUCCACGAGUACGCGGCCAUCGCUCUAGCCUCUUGCCUGGAGAACCUGGUGGAGGAGAUCGAGGGCCGCGUCCUGGCCAGCCAACACCCGGACGGAGACGGGGCGGGAAGCGAGGUCUCCUCCGAAGUCCUCGAGGCGGUGAUCAACAACGACGCGGAGCUCUGGGGCGUCCUCCAGCCCUACGAGCAUCUCAUCUGCGGGAAGAACGCCAAUG